ACGCUAGAGUAACACAAAUUGACUAAGCGAAAUGGAUUUUUCAACAGAGCAAAGGCUUAAUUAUCUUUUAACAGAUCAAAGCCUUAAUUAUAUGGCAUGCCAGCCCAUAUGCAGAUUAUGCGGCGAAUUUAUACAUUAUGGUGCCGAAAAUAUCUUUGUAAAAGGCGGUGGUGUUUUAAGGCAUCACAUAGAAUGGCUGACAGGGCUAUGGUUGGAGGACAUUCCCAAUAUGCCAGAUCAAAUUUGCAUUCCGUGCAGCUUUGAUUUGGACCAAGCGGUUGCCUUCCGGGAACGUUGCAUCAGUACCCAACUACGAUUGUUGAAAGACGUACUUGAUAAUUCAGAAAGGACUAAUAUUGUUUUCGAAAUAUAUGAACCGGGAGAAAGUGGUAAGAGUCCCGAUCCAGCCACAACAAAUGGAAGUCAAAUCCAUGAAAGCAGCACUGACUAUAUUGGAGUGUGGGAUAACCCGGAAGAUGGCAUAGGGCACACAAAUCCACCACAAAUUGUGGGAGAAGCAACAAUACAUCAAAGGAGAAUCCGCAAAAGAAAACAUGUUUGUGAGAAAUGCAGGCGAAAAUUCGAUAACACCGAAUUUUACGAGAAACACCUUCUCCGGCAUUUAGCAAACGGACGAUUUCAUUGCAAAUUAUGUGACCUUAAAUAUGAUCGAAAAUGCGAUUUCGCAAGACACUUGCGUAGCUUACAUGAGCGGAAGGAGUUAUUUCCUUGUAGACAUGACAAGUGUAAUGAGAAAUUUACAUCGCAAACGUACAGAUUAAAGCAUGAAAAAAGACAUCUGAAACGUGUUGUAAAUUUUUAUUGCAAAUUAUGUGACCGGAGAAUUAAACGAAAACAUGACUUUGUAAGACACAUACGUGUAGUUCAUAAGGACAAGAAGCCAGAUGAAAGCGUUAACAAUUCAGGUGAAAUCUUAAAUCCACUACAAAAUGGAGAAGUUGCAACAACGGAGGGAAGUAAUAUCCCCGGAACCGAUAGUUAUUGUGACAAAUGUGGGUGUUUCGUAAAGGAACGUUUUCAUUGCAAAUUAUGUGACCGGAGAUUUGCUCUAAGAUUCAGCCUCGUUAGACACAUACGAUUUUAUUGCAGCUCUGGCAAUUCUGGUCAAUGUAAAAAGCCGAAAGAAGGCAGUGAAAACUUAAAUCCAAUUCAAAAUGAAAAUGUAACAACAUCGGAGCAAAGUCAAGUCCCCAAAAGAGGGAAUUAUUGUGCGCGAUGUAGGCAUUCAGAAAUCAAAUAUUUUUCAUGCAAAUUAUGUGACCGUGGAUUUGAUCGAAAAGACGACUUCGUUAGACACGUAGAUAUAGUUCAUAAAGACAAGAAGCCAGAUGACAUCUGUAAUGUAGAACUCAGACCGCAAUCGACCGUAUCAGUACAUGAAACCUCUAACAAUUCUGGUGAAUGUAAUAAGCCGGAAGAAGGCAGUGAAUACUCAAAUUCAUUACAAACUGAAUACAAACACGAAAUACCUGCCUCAUCUCCUAAGGACAAGAAGCCAGAUGACAUCUGUAAUAUCAGUCAGACCGAAGUCAGACCGCAAUCGAACAGAUUAGACAAUGGAAGCUCUGACGAUUCUGGUAAAUGUAAUAAGCCGGAAGAAGGCAGUGAAUACUCAAAUCCAUUACAAACUGAAUACAAACACGAAAUACCUGCCCCAUCUCCUCCUCGCGAACGUAAACUGACAUUUAAGACAGAAGCCAGUGAACACUCAAAUCCAUUACAAACUGCAGACGUAGUAAUAACGAGGCGAACUCAAAUUCGCAAAAAAAAAUAUUUGUGUGGCAAAUGUAGACAACGAUUUGGCACCCGCGAAUCUUACGAAAAACACCUUCUUCUGCAUUCAAAAUAUGGACGUUUUCAUUGCAAAUUAUGUGACCUUAGAUAUGAGCGAAUACGCAAUUUCGAAAGACACAUGCAAUUAUAUCAUAAGGUCAAGAAUCCAGAUAAGACCUGUAAUAUGCAACUUAGACGGCAACCGAACAGAUUUGUUGAUGAAAGCUCCGACAAUUCUGAUGAAUCUGAUAAUCUGGAAGAAGGCAGUGAAUAGGGAUGUAAAAAAAAAAACCAUCGAUGUAUCGAGAAUCGAAGAUGUGUCGAUGUUUUCUUUUGCUUACGAUGUAUCGUCGAACUGUCGAUGUUUGUCCAAAUAAAAUUUAUUUUUAAUAAAAUUGAUCGUUUAG